UUCGAUGUGACUGGUUGACUGGUUGACGGUCUGACGGUGUCGGGUCGGUGUGAGUGUGAUGUCGGCUUAAAAAAGUGAAAUAUUACACAUGUGUAAUUAUUUACCAAAUAAUCAAAGAUUUUUAGACAUUCAAAUGUAAAUACAAUAAUCUUAUCGAACGUUUUUAAUAAAAAAAAAUUUAUAAUAUUUAAGUGCAAUUCUAAAUGAAGUGUUUUUUAUGUGAAGUGUUUUGUAUUCAAAAUAUAGCAGAUAACCUGAAUUAUUAUUACCCCGCAUGCCCAUUACCUAUGAAGGUCGAAUUUUCGCUCAUUGAUUAUUUAUAGGCAAAAAAAAGAGAAAAUAUUUAAUAAUAAAAACGUUAUCUUAAAUAAAUGCGAGGUGUAGAAUAAUGACCCGGGAGGGAAUUAGAUGAACUAGUUUUUUUUUAUUAUUGUGUGUGUGUGUGUUAGGUGAGUCUGGUGCUGUGGAUCUGGUCUGGUGGUGUACAUACAGUACAGUACACUUAUCUAUCCACUUGAGACCCGCAUCAGAAGAGGUGCUGUUAUACUACUCCUAUUGUUAUAUAGUCCAAUAUCCAAGUAUUGAUCUAUUUAAAAAAGAAUGGAUUUGACUGCUUCGUCUGCAGCUGGUGGACGUAGACGAGCUGCUGCCAAAACAUCUGUUGAAGAUCAAGCUCUUGAUCAAAUUGCCAAAGAGGCUGAAGCUCGGUUAGCAGCAAAAAGACAAGCACGCGCUGAAGCUCGUGAAAUCCGAAUGCGUGAAUUAGAACGUCAGCAACGUGAACUAGAGGAGAAUGCAGAUCGUGUUUAUGAUAUGUAUACAGAUCCCGUAACCAGAACUGCAGCAACUGUUCGUUUAACUGGAUCAACUAGGAAUACAAUGUUAUCAAAUAAUAGUUAUAUGUCAAGUCGGAGGAGUUCAGAAGAUUCCUUAGAAGACAGUGGAACUUUAAGGGAUGUUCGUCAUGAACUUCGUGAAAUAGAAGAGAAAUUUCGGAAAGCAAUGAUUGCAAAUGCACAAUUAGAUAAUGAUAAAGCAUCAUAUACAUAUCAAAUAGAAUUAUUGAAAGAUAAAUUAGAAGAUCUAGAACAAGAUCAUAUACAAUUACAACGUGAACAUAGAGAUAAAUGUCGGGAGCAUGAACAAUUAAAACGAGCGGCGGCCAAAUUAAAAGAAGACUUAGUAUUUGUUAAAACUCAAUUAGAGGAACGUGACGUGUUAAUUGCUGAGAAAGGUUUAGUUAUUGUUGUGUGCGAAGAGAAUGGUUUAAAUGGUUACGAUGAUCCCGAUCAUAAUACAAGUAAUGGUGGCAAUGGUGAUGCUUCAGAGAAUGCAAAUGUUAUGAAACCGAAGAAAGCAUUAGUUAGUAUAGAAAAUGCAGAAUUAUUAGAAUCAGCAGGUGAAGGUAGUCUAGAUGUGCGAUUAAAACGUUUUAUCGAAGAGAAAAAAGAAUUAGAGGAUCAAGUACGAUCGUUACGUAUUGAAUUAGACGAAGAACGAAAUAAAUCACGAAGACGACGACCUAGUAGUAACACAUCAUCAACAAUUGGUAGUACAAUCACGCACAAUGGACCCGACUCUGAAUAUUUUAGUGAUUUAGAUGUAAUUGAUGUACAAAGAGAAGCAAAUAAACAAUUAGCAGAUUAUAAAUUUAAGUUACAAAAAGCUGAGCAAGAUAUUGCAACUUUACAAGGAACUGUUGCUCGUUUAGAAACACAAGUUGUAAGGUAUCGUGCUGAAGCUGAAGCGUCAGAACGAGCUGAAGAUGAAUUAAAAACAGAAAAAAGAAAAUUACAGAGAGAGGCUCGCGAAUCACAAAAUCGAGUCGAAGAAUUAGAGACUGCCAACAGCCAUUUACAAAAACGUUUAGAUAAAUUGAAGAAUGCCAAAUCAACAUUAUUAAAAGAACUUUGAUAUUGACCAACAGCGAGGCCGACCUCGACGUCAAACACAUUAUUAUUAUCAUCAUCAUCGUCAUCGUCAUUAGCAACAUUACGUCUACGUCGACAUCAAUCGGAGCCAUCAAAGUCACCAUCAUCACCAACCUAAUCAAUCAAUCAACACCACCUAAUCAAAUCAAUUUUAUAUAUUUUUAAACUAAUACGUAAUUUACUAUAUUUUGAAAACUAAUAUAGUAUAAUUGACUAUUUCCAAGAAACCUAAUAAUCAAAGGAAGUGGUUCUAAGAUCACUAUCACAAAUAGAAUCUUAAAAAAUUCAUUUUAGGAUAGUAACAGCUGUGAUUAAUAUGUAUAGCUCAUUCAUUGAGAGUUUGAACCUUAUUUGUUAUAGUUAAAGUAAAGAGCAGAACAUUUUGAAGGGAAAACUUGUUAUUGUAAAAUAAAACGAAU